UCCCCCGGCUCCCCAGUCGGGAAGUUCGGAGCCAAGAAAGCUGCUUCGUGCAGAGGAGCGCAAUGGGGCAGCUUCAGUGGCGCCUCUGUCUGAUGGGAGCAGCUACUUUCCUGCUGGGAAACGCUUUUGGCACUCCCUCCUCUUCACAUUCUCUGCUCUACUUCCACCAUGCUCUGCUCCUUGAGGGGCAGCCCCAAUUCAUUGAGGUGACCUACUUGGACGGCCAGCCUAUCCAACAUUAUGACAGCAACACAAAGAGGAUGAGGCCUUUCCCCCUGUGGAAUAACCAACUGGACGAUACAUAUUACCAGUUUGAAUCAGCUAAUAUGAAAGUCUUUGAGAGACAUUUUCCAGGAAAAUUGAAAAAAAUAUCAGUUUCACAGAAAAACAACCAGAACAACGAUCAUACCUUGCAGUGCAUCCAGGGCUGUAAACUCACAGCUGAUGGAAAUGAAAUAUCUAUUCAUCAGGAUGCUUUUGAUGGAAAACGCAUGAAAAAGACAUUUCACCGAGAAAGAUUUUACUUGAACGGAAAUUGCAUUCAGUGGCUGAAGAGGUACCUUGGCUUGAAGCCACAAAAGAAAGAGCUUCCAAUGGUGAAAGUGACUCAUCAGGAGGUCAUCAUCGACAACCUUCAAGCCCUCACCUGCCAGGCCUAUGGCUUCUAUCCCAAGGAGAUCAGUGCCAGUUGGAGGAAGGAUGGGGAAAUCUUCAACCAAACCAACAGUUCUGUGCUCAUUGUCCCAAACUCAGAUGGGACUUUUAAUGCCAGGCUGAGUAUUCAGAUCAAUCCCAAGGAGAGGAACCUCUACAGAUGCCAUGUGGAACACGUCAGCUCCAGCGAGCCCUUGGAUUUUGUCUUGCAGAUAACAGGCCCCUCAGCCAAAGUAACUACUCACGUGCUGAAUGUCAAUGAGACUCUCUUGAACUGCUCUAUCUGCAACUUUUAUCCUGAAGACAUAGAUACCAGCUGGAUGAAGGAUGGAGAGAACUGGGAUCAAGAGACUUUUCGUGGGGAUAUCAUCCGUAAUUGGGACGGGACCUACUGCACCUGGAUCAGCAUUGACAUUAACCCCAUGGAGGAAUACCGCUACCGUUGCUAUGUUGAACAUGAAGGCUUGCAGGAAGCACUCAGUGUAAAAGCUCCAAUAGCCAUAAUCUCAACUGAGGAAAAUUUCCAGCCAUUACUCAUCAUUUGCUGUGUUGUGUCAGUCCUUGGCAUCCUUAUCUUAUUGUCUAUAAUCCUUGGAAUCCGGUGGUGCAAAAAGCGUCGACGUGAUUGCAGAUCAGCAGCAAAGAGUGACCCCAAUUCCAGCUUGGAUAAUGCUGAAAAAUACCCACUGAAAGAGAGAGAAGGAGUCCCGCCCCUCAACAACAUUGCUGGUGAAGAAAGCAGAGGAGACAGCCCAACUUCUCAGGACACCGAAGAGAAAAAACAGCCUUCAGAGAACCAUCAAAUAAGCAUCUAACUCUCGGAAUGGACCCAGAUCAAAUUUGAUGUGGUUCGAGAAACACUCAAAAGGAAGAUUGAGUGCUAAAAUGGACCCAAACAGCCACAAAGUGGCAGGGGAAAAAAGCAUGUCAGAAGAAAUUGCCCUAAGGGACAAACCUUUCGUUUCAGGAUCUAUUAGGCUGGCUUUCCUACUGUGUAAGGCAGAUUCCUAAAGUAUCAUGCAUUUAUUUUCCGGUGGAGCUUCAAGGACUAGAUGAAAGCUACUUAUGGUAACUUU